UCCCUGUAUUGUGUUCUCUAACCAAAUCGUCUCUGCUGGCUGGGUCUGGAGUCUGGACUGUCACUGUGUAGCUAUGGCCCCUGAAGCGAUGUUGAAGACCUUGCUCUACACCGUCAAUUCCUUGUUGCAGCAGCAGAAAUACAGGGCUGCCCUGGCCGUCGCCAAGGGCUUCCGUAACGGAGCCGUGUAUGGAGCAAAAAUUCGUGCCCCCCAUGCUUUGGUGAUGACUUUUCUGUUCAAGAGUGGAAGCUUAAGGGAGAAAUUCAAAGCAAUUGCCCAGGCAACGUACACACAUUCUAGAAACCUGGCAUAUUUUGUAUUCACAUACAAGGGACUGAGGGCCUUACAGUCCCAAAUACAGGGAAAAAAGAUCCCAUUUCACUACUCUUUCCUUGCAGCCUGUAUUGGGGGCUGGUUAGUGUUUGGGGAAAAUAAUAAUAUCAACAGUCAGAUAAACAUGUACCUGUUGUCUCGUAUCCUGUUUGGCCUGUCCCGACUGGCAGUGGAGAAAGGUUACAUCCCAGAGCCAAAACAAGAUCCCUUCCCACUCUUUGCUGCCUUGGUUUGGGGCAUUGUUCUGUGGCUCUUUGAGUAUCACCGCCACACUCUACAGCCCUCUCUGCAGUCCUCCAUGACCUACCUAUAUGAUGACAGUAAUGUCUGGCAUGAUGUUUCUGACUUUCUUAUAUAUAACAAAAGACCUGCUAGCAAGUAGUCUUUGCAAUAUGGCACAUUCCAGCAGCACUGCUUAUUUUUUUUUCCCCUGAAAACACUUGACUAAAAACUUAUGGUUGUUAAUAUUGUGUAUAAAUCUGUCCUUCUGUUCCGGCCUAAAUAUUCUGUGUAAUCUGGUGUUCUUUGUGGGAUAAAUGUUAAGAAAGCCCAUCUUGCAACCUGGCAUGUUGCAGUUUCUUAUAAGGUCCCUAUUUUCUGCAAGGGGACUUUUCCACACUAACAGCUGUGGAAUUUUUGAGGGAUGGGAAAACAAGUUGUAAAUUCACUGACCUGAAAAAGUUCACACAAACUGGAAGAAAAUAGUGGAUAUAGUUUAUAUAACACAGUGAAAAUAUUUUGUAUAAUGUUGAAAUACUCAAUGAUGUAUUUAACACUCUGAAUACAUUUAUAUGCAAUAGUACCAUCACUGUGUCCUUUAUCAACAACCGAGGAAAUUGGUUAGAUCUCUUCAAGGCAUGUUGAAGCUUAAGUUCUGAACAUUUGUGUGCAAGUCUCAUACUUAGAGACAUCUUUCAAGAUAGUCUUUGUAAUAUUCAUGGACUUAUCGAUUCCCCUUAACAAUAUAAUGCUACUAAAUGGGUAUUUGGCAAAUGGAGGGAUCUUAACAUUUAAAAACUAAGCUAACAGAGAAAAGUUUAGAUAGGAACUCUCAGUCUGGGGCAAGUGAUGCACUGUAUUCUUGGU